UCUUGCCCGAUCCACAGGCAACAGUGAAGAUGUCAGAUUUUGUGAAGCCAGCCAUAGCUGUUCUUGUGCCCACGGUCGGUGGAUUCAUCUCUGGGUCCAUCACCAGGUCAAACAUUGAAAACUGGUAUGAGCAUCUAAAGCGUCCCUCAUGGCGCCCCCCAAACUGGCUUUUUCCUGUUGCGUGGACAGGACUGUAUGCCUCCAUGGGCUACGCCUCUUACCUGGUCUGGAGAGAUGGAGGGGGCUUUGAUGGGGAGGCCAGGCUGCCCCUGGCUCUGUAUGGAGGACAGCUUGCACUCAACUGGGCAUGGACACCCAUCUUUUUUGGAGCCCACAAACUUGGAUUGGCCACGCUGGAGAUUGGAACCCUGUGGGGAGCAAUAGUUGCCACGAUGGUUACCUUCCAUCCAGUGAACAGAACAGCCACCUAUUUACUGGCACCUUAUUUAGCCUGGGUGACAUACGCCACUGCUCUAACCUUCCGUGUGUGGCAGGAUAACAAAGACCGUACAGAUUAACCUCCCUUUACUGUUAGGGGACCAUUUUAAAGAAAUGUCUAGUCAUUUCCUUUUUCGUACAAAACAUCUCUAGCUGUGUGUAUAAAACACCUUGAUUUUUAAACCUUUUGAUCUCCAGAUCUGAGGCCUCAGAAUAUUGUCUUUUUUUUAAAUGUCUUUUUGGACAUACCUGUGGGGUAGGAACUGGCACAAAAGUAGAAAAUUUGUUCUAGCAUUUUCUGCAUGUUAUAAAUAUAGUUUAAACACCACCACCUCACACUACAUAUUGAUGCCUGUCUGGUAAAUUUUAUCAGGUGAAGUUUUUUUUCAUUUGUUUUACAGUUACAUAUUUGCAUGUAAAUGAUACUGUUUGAUUUAAAUCAUUCAAACCAUGGUGUAUCUUAUUCAGACCACAGAUGUUCACUAUAUUAAAAGUAGCAGUGCAUGGAAGAAUCAAAAUUCACCAUUACAUUGCUUGCUUACUAGGCGUGUAAUUGCCCUUCCAUUAUUUG